UGGAUAUCAGACGGCCGGCGCGCUCGUUCUGCUGCAUCCAUGUACAUGCAGUCUUGUCUGUUGCGCGUGCAAUUGAUCUGCUGAUUUCGGCGUCUGUACAGUGGCGCGUCUUUUGUCCCGCGCUCUUGCACCGCAUCCCGCCGCCCACGCACGUUACUGCUACCUGCACACUGGCACAUUAGUGGCCCACCAAUUCGGCCCCAGUCCAAUUGGACCCAAAGCAGAUGGCAUUUUGUGAAUAGUGUAACCCCGCCGCAGAUCCCCGCAGUCCCUUGCUGAGGACUGCUCCUCCCCGCGUACUGUCGGAGCCCAUGGCGCGCCCAAGUACGGAAAACCGCGGCAGCAACGCCACCCAUGUCGCGCAGACGGCGAGCAGUUCGCAGCAGCCGCUCCCUGAUGGCUACUCGAAGAAGGGCGCCAGCUAUCGCCGGCCAGUCGAUGCCCAGACAACACAUGCACCAACGAUUACGACUACGACCACGACCACGACCGCCAUGCCCAGCAACUCCGCACGGCCUGUCGCUGCUUCCUCAGAUGCCAAUGGCGUCACGCGCUCCGCGUCGCAUCGUCGCAGACAGAGCCAGCAUAUUCCGCCUCCUACCACGGGCGCAACGGGCGAGACCCUGCCUGCGGCCCCAGACGUCCCCCGAGCACCACCACCGGUAUCGUACAAGGACCCAUACGCACCCAAGAGCACCUCGAGAGUGCCCAGUCGCUCCCACUCGGGGCGCUCUCGAGACCCGACGAUAUACAUGAAUGCGAGUCGCCAGCAGCCCGCCAUCACAAUACCUGCUGAGCGGUUGCAACAGCUGCGCUCACCACCAUAUUCGCCGCCGCAGUCGCUCUCGGGAGCAGCCGAAGGGGUGGCUCGGAAGAACUCAAAGGGCCGUAGACCCUCGGUGCCGGACAGGUCUCCACUCCAGAAGCUAGAGGGCAAGCUGGAUGACAUAAGCAAGGAGGAGAGGAGGGCAAGGAUACUGGAGAUGGAGCUGGCAGCGCAAGAGAAGGCCGAGGCGGAGAUGCGCGCCCGUCGCGCACGAGAGCGUGAGGCCGCGGCAAAGCAGCAGCGGAAUGUGUCUGGACCGGUGACAGGGCCAGAUCCAACUCCUGCUCGCUCAACGAGUAAUCGGCGACAUGUUUCCAUGCCCGUGCAAAAUAAGCCAAAGUCCCCUCUACUGCCGGACGAUCUGAGCGAAUCUGAAGAUGGAUAUGGUUACGACUUGUCUGAUCCAUGGGAUCCCUCGGGAAGCCGCGCUGGAACUGGGCCGCAUCGAGUUCCAUCUCAAUCCAAACGUGCCUCGAUUGGACCGAGUCUCCAGGUCGUCGGUCCUGCAGACAGACCUAUCGUCGCGCGCUCGUCCAGUGCGAACCAAAAGGAGGUCGGGGUAGCAAGAGGGUCGGGCAGCUUUCGGGACCGAUCAGGACCAGUGCAAGCUCUGGAGAAAUCUGUGGCAAAGCUGGAACGCAAACCUGCUCCUGUACCUUCCGGUUUGGGGUUGUUUGGGGUUGCUGAACCGCCCAGCGCAUCACCACCCAAUGCAUCGCGGCACGUAGGCGGUGGUGUCGCCAGGUAUGACAGCAGGAGGUUGUCUAAGGAUCUACCUCCUACUCCGAAGGAGACAGCCAAGCACGAGAGGAAGAGAGAUAGUCGCGGCAUUUUCGAAGCACAGAUGGAACAGCAAAAAAUCGACCAGAAGGGCACCCUGAACAGAGAGGACCAUCUUCGGGCUCAUGGCACAUCGUCGGCCCCAGUGGCAAACAGAAGAAGCGUGGGAUUUUCUGAGUCGGCCACGGAAGUCCAUGCUGCGCCGCCAUCGCAUCAGACUGUCGGAGAUGUCUUCUCCGAGGAACAUGAUCCUGACAGACUUUACGUUCCCCCACCAAUGCUAGACGAGUGGAAAAAGGGCGCAGUGGGUAUGCUCGUCGAGGACGAUCUGGAUCUGGAUGCUCCUCAGAGACCUAAUAGUACGGGAGGCAAUAAAGCGUGGUGGGAGGAGAGCGGUGCAACACGUCGGCGACGUUCGGGCAGUUAUGCGGAGCCAACCUACGACGGCUACGUGGAUCCUCCAACAACCCAGACCACAUUCAACCCACCGCUGCACUUGAAAUGCGGGCCACUCCUCCGCUACACUGGCCUUCGUCGAGACAAGAGUAGACCAGGCAGAGAACGGGAGAUAUGGCGCGGAAGCGUGAUGAUUGUGACCACCGACGAAGGGUCCUCGUACCAAAAGCCGCCCACGCUACGUCUAUUCACUCAGCCUAUGGAUCUGCUACCGCACCCGCCUGAUGACGUAGAUCCAGACAACCUGCAUCCAGCAUACAUUGAUCCACUGGAAGGCCAAGUGAAGGUGUCACGGACUGGAAAGACCCUUUACGUGAAAGCCAUUGAUGAGAUUCCGGAGGAUGCCGAUCUCUCUCUGAGAGAAGAUGAUACUGGACUAUUCUCGGAACUCCAAAGCUCCAUGAGUCCGCAGAGUGCAGGCCCGCAGAAGUCUUCACGAAUUAAGAAGCGGGACGGCGAGAAACUGGGCAAGUUCAAGGAGAUCCCUGCCGUAAAGCUACAUGCCGAAAGGGGCGUCACUUUCUGGCGUUUCAGUCUUGAAGUCGAGCUUGGACCGAGGCAAGCGCGCAUCGCAUACAGGAUCAACCGCGGGCCUGCCAUUGGCUUCUGGGUUCCUGCCCGAGGUGAAACUAUGAACAUCAUGUUCCACAGCUGUAAUGGAUUCUCGCUGAGCGUCGACUCGAAAGAGUUCUGCGGUCCGGACCCCAUGUGGCGAGAUGUGCUGAACAAUCAUCAAACCCGGCCUUUCCAUGUGAUGAUUGGCGGCGGUGAUCAGAUCUAUAACGAUGCCGCGAUGCGCGACACGACACUGUUUAGGCAGUGGACCGAGAGCAACAACGUCUGGCAAAAACAUCGCACUCCUUUCUCGGAAGAGCUACAGAACGAGCUCGAGCAGUUCUACCUGGACCGUUACGCAAUGUGGUUCUCGCAAGGCCUAUUCGGAUUGGCAAACUCCCAAAUCCCAAUGAUCAACAUCUGGGACGAUCACGACAUUAUCGAUGGAUACGGCUCCUAUCCACACCACUUCAUGGAAACACCUGUAUUUACCGGGCUUGGCGCCGUCGCCUUCAAAUACUACAUGCUUUUCCAGCAUCAGUCUGUUCCAGCAGAGACAAGGGCAACAGAACCCUCAUGGGUUCUUGGCGCUCAUCCUGGGCCUUACAUCAAGGAGCAAUCCCGAAGUCUGUUCAUGCAGCUCGGCAGAGAAGUCGCAUUCCUCGGGCUGGACUGUCGCACUGAGCGCCAACGGGACGAAAUUAUUUCAGAAGAUACAUACGACAACAUCUUCGAUCGCCUGGAGGAAGAGCUCGUUCAAGGGGAAACAAAGCACCUCAUAGUCCUGCUGGGUGUACCCAUCGCGUAUCCUCGUUUGAACUUCCUCGAGAAUGUUCUCACCAGCAGACUUAUGGAUCCUGUCAAAGCGCUAGGUCGUAUGGGUCUUUUGGGCGGUUUCGUCAACAAAUUUGAUGGUGGUGUUGAGAUUCUCGACGACCUGGACGAUCAUUGGACGGCAAAACACCAUAAAGAUGAGCGCAAUUGGCUCAUACACGAGCUGCAACACAUUGCACGCACGAAGUCAGUCCGUGUCACUAUUCUUGGUGGCGACGUUCAUCUAGCUGCUGUCGGUCAGUUCUUUUCCAACAAGAAGUUGGGCAUUUCGAAGGACAAGGACCAUCGCUAUAUGCCAAACGUCAUCUCUUCCGCCAUUGUCAACACGCCGCCUCCUGAGAUUAUGGCGGACAUCAUCAAUAAGCGUAAUAAGAUCCACCAUCUUGAUCCAGAGACAGACGAAAACAUGAUUCCUCUCUUCACUCACGAUGUGGACGGAAAGAAGAGAAACAAUCUCCACCUGCUUCAACGCCGAAACUGGUGCAGCUUGCGCGCGUACAACCCAGGAAGUACACCACCGGAUACGCCACCUGCCUCGCCCGGUGCAAAUGGGCCACGGCUGACGAGGACGCUGUCUGAUUACACCCCUGGGAACAUGGUUCGCCGUAUGAGUGGGUCUGGCAGACGCAAGGAGCGGGGGCCUCCCAUUUCCUACUACAACAACCCAGCAAAUACGGCCGCACAUGAUCGUCAAACUGAGCCUCAGUCUUCCUUCUCUCCCGAACGACCACAACGCCCUCGCUCUCGGCGAAAUUCACUCACAUCGCUCUUCAAACGGAGGGCUUCGGUCGACAGUGUCAACGCUCCUGGGUCGUCACACAGUGUCCCAGCCCGACGCCCUUCCCUUGGUGGAGAUGCAUCCGGUGGUCCACCGAACUUUAUCCGUCGUGCAAGUAUCUUGAGCAAAAAGGGAGUGCGGCGCGAAGGAGAGCACAUUAAUUUAGCAGGAGGUCUCGAUAUCUGUCUCAAUCUGGAAGUAUCACAACAUGACCCUGCUGGAAUCACAACUCCUUACCGGUUGCUCGUCCCUGCACUGAACUACACGCCUCCCGAAGACGGUGUGGAGGAGGAGAAAGAGAGACGAAAAUCCCGCCUUAGCGGUGUUUUCGGAGUCUUCGGGAAGCGACGUCCUCGCCGUACUAUCGGCGACGACGGACGCUCCCAUACCGAAGGCUCCGAGUCGGAGAGCGGCAGCGAAGAGGAAAUGGACGAAGAGGAGCGCACCCGCCAAAGGUACAAAGUGGGCCCCAGGAUAAUCAUCCCAGGCUUCACCUCCCGCAAGCGCAGCUCCUCCCAGUCCCAACCUCCGCCGUAUACUGACGCGCACACCCCCACAGACGCAGAACACGCCCCCGCCGCGCCCGGCGUCCCGCAAAACCGCCGUCAGAGCGUCGAUAUCGGCGCUGGCCGUCCUGCGCCGCCGUCGUCUGCGGAAUCGUAUGCGGCGGCGCAAAGGAAUCGUCACGUCAGCGCCCCCGUGCCCGCUUACACCGGAAUACAGACGCAAACCGCGGCGCUCCCCUCGCGCGCGGCCUCCGGGCGUAUCCCGAACACCAACGCAUCCCACUCGUCACAAUUACCGCACCGUCGCUCGGAGGACGUCCCGCUGGACGAGGAGAAGGUGCAUCGUCGCAGCAUGGGCGGUAUCCUGAAUCAGCACCGCGACGCGAGAUUUGAGCACGACGCGCAUGUCGUUGCGCACCGCUCUGCGUCGAAUGCGAAGAGGGAUAGCAAGAGGGACAGCUACCCCCCGCACCCCGCAAUCGUGGGGGCGGGGCCGGAGAGUCCAUAUAGCAGGAGGGAUAUGCAGGCCCGUGACGACACUGGCGGCGGGGGUGGGGGUGGAGAUGGAUAUUUCGCGCAAAGGGAGAGGGGUGGGGCGGGCGUGGGAGCAAGGUAUCUCGGCCGGGGACGUUAUGCGGAUAGUGAGAUUAGCAGUGAGGGGGAGGAGGACGAUAGGAGUUUUCGGACUGGGGACGACGAGAGCGAAGUGAGUUUCGUGCCACCAAAGAAAAAGGGUUUGAAGUUUUGGAAGAGGUAAAAUAUGGGUUGGACGGAGAGGUAUGAUGGAAUGACUUAUGGGAACUGUUGAUUGGAUGAUUGGGUAAUUAUGGGAACUGGGGAUUUUUGCAUUGGUUCUGCGUUGGCGUUACUGGCUGUCCAUACGCUUCGUUUCGUUGCAGCGCUUUCGUGCUUUGCUAUAUACCUCUUCUCUUGUGCAGCACUGCUAUGUACUCUAACCUGCGUGUGGUGUUUAGGUAACAUCUGCAGACGGUGGGGAUGGAGGGCUUCGCUUGAACAUACAACAGCU